AUGGGUGACAAGUAUGACCGUCAACUGCGACUAUGGGGUGCUGAAGGCCAGCGACGGCUCGCUAAUACGCACAUUCUUCUCAUUAAUUCGUGUGCUACUGGUUCUGAAGCGCUUAAAAAUCUCGUAUUGCCUGGUGUCCAGCGCUUUACGAUCUUAGACGACCAGAGAGUGACGCAAGCAGACGCGACGAAUAAUUUCUUCGUCACUUUGGACUCUAUAGGGAGCUCCAGAGCUGAGAUUGUGACUAAAUUACUACUGGAAAUGAACACGGAUGUGACUGGAGUCGCACGACAUGCAAAUGUCAAGCAGGUGCUGCAGGAGGAACCGCAGUAUUUGGACCAAUUUGAUUUGGUCCUGGCUACACAAUUGGACGAAUUGGUCACGACUAAAUUGGCCGAAUUGUGUCUGAUCAAAAGGCUGCCAUUGCUGAUAAUCACAUCAUAUGGAUUUCUAGGCUCACUACGACUUCAAGUGGCUCAACAUGCGAUCGUUGACGCAAAAUUGGACCCGCCACGACAUGAAUUGAGACUUUCCAAGCCUUUUUCAACACUCCAGAAGUUUGCAGAUACUUUUGACUUGCAGUCCAUGUCAACUAUUGAUCAUGCACAUGUGCCAUUUGUAAUUUUGUUAUUGCAGGCCAUGAAAAAGUGGAAGGAGAAUUAUGAUGGUCAAUUACCCACCUCGUUCUUAGAAAAGAACGAGUUUAAAAAGAGUUUACAGGAAAUGACAUGGGGAUCUUGGGGUCAUGAAGUGAAUUUUAUGGAAGCUGCUGAAAAUGCGUACAUGGCAUAUGUACCUCCACAAUUGCCAGAAGAAGUAGCGUCGGUUUUGGCUGCUGCUGCGUCGCAUACUGUCUCGAUAGAGGCUUUGGAGAAGACAAAAGAUACGAAGGAGUUCUGGCUUUUGGCUCAUGCUGUGGCCGAUUUUAUUAAGCAGAACGAGGGGUUGUUGCCGGUGACGGGAGUUGUGCCGGACAUGACGGCGUCUACGGAAUGGUAUGUGGCGUUGCAGGAACUGUAUAUGACCAAAGCCAAGGAGGACGCAACGAAGGUGCACCAGAUUCUGCUCAACAGGAUGUGCGAUCUAAAACUCCCUCAAGACAUGAUCUCGUUCGAUGCCGUGGUAGCAUUUUGCAAAAAUGCCCCGAAUAUUGGCAUGCUGGAGACACGCAGUGUGGCACAAGAGUACAAGCAUGUCGACUUAAUGGGCGUGGAUCUGGAGGAUGAGGACAAGGAGCAGUCGCCUCUGAUCUGGUAUUUCAUGCUCCGAGCGGUGGCUGCCUUCGCUUCUCAAUUUAAUCGUUACCCUGGCUCAGAGGAUGCCGCUGCCACUCAAGACGGAGCAUGGCUUGUGGCGAAGGCAAAGGCUUUGGCUGCGGGUAGCGACGUGGUGGACUGGAUCACCGAUGAUCACGCAUUAGAGAUGACCCGGUCAUGCCAGGUCGAGCUGCAUAACAUUGCCGCUGUGAUGGGCGGUGUUGCUGCGCAGGAAGCUGUGAAGUUGAUCACGCACCAGUUCGAGCCGCUUAACAAUACGUACGUAUUUAACGGUAUCUCGGGCGUGGCUGCAACUUACCAGCUUUGA